AUGCCUCUCGCCAGCCUUAACAGCAACCAGAAUAGCCAGAUGGGCUCUGGUCUCCCGAUUGCCGCCCCAGUGUUGGAAUACAUAUGCCUCUUCACCCACGAUCUGAAAAGAAAACAGAAAAGAUGGCAGGACGGUCGCCUGAAAUUUCAUACGUUCAACAAGCGCAUCAUGAUCUACGAUGAAAGAGGGAAUUUCAUCGGCGAUAUGCACUGGCGGGAAGACUUCGACUUUGGUGAAGGCGAAGAAUUCAACUUGGAGCGCGGAGCCGUCAUAGUUCAAGUCGCCGAGUGUAUCGGUAGCAAGGACCAAGACCUGACUGAGCUCCUCGACAAGAGAGCCAAGGAUGUUGAACAGCGACAUGCUCGCUCUGCCGCAAAUACAGGAAACCAGCCUCACCCACCCACACGGCCAUCAGUCCAGCACCCCCAAGCCCAAUAUCGGCAACGCCAUUUGUCUGACGUCUUCACUACUCCUCGCGGACCACAGGGGAGGGCCGUGAUCCCAACCACAUCGCCAUAUGAAGAUCGGGUGAUGGCUCAGCAAUCUUCGAGUCCCCAUGACGAGACUCAAAGGCCCACCAAGCGGAGAAGGAGAGAGAUAUCGCCGCCCAGCAAGUCAGGCUACGCCCAAAACUUGUUUGGCGCAACUCUCAAUCUAUCGUCUUGGUCGGCGAGCGCCCCGGUGCGAAGUCAGCCCGCAUCGACACCGAGAAGCGUUGCUCCCUCUGUGGAAGCACCACCUCGCUCGGUUGUUCCAAGCAAAGGCGUCAACUCAUCCAGGCCAAAGCCUUCUGCAGUCGUUGAUUUGACCAACGAUGAUGCAGUGCCAGCGAGAAAUGUCACGGCCUCGAUAACAUGCGAGUCAGAGAUUCCGGCUACAAGUAACACCCGUGCGUUAGCAAGACAAGCCCCGCUAGGUCAAAGGCCCUUUAAGAGGCCAAGCACGCCUGUCCGCAGAGAUGUAUCAGUGGAAAGAGACGUGGAAAGAGACGUAGAGAUCACCGAGAAGCCUGGAGAGGUGCUGGGCCCUAGCAGUCAUCAAUCUGAGAGUCGCCUCGAAGCCCCGAAGCAAACAAACUCAAGAAAAGGCAAUGGGAAGUCGCAAGACGGCAUACAAGAAGCUGCUACACACCGACUAGAUGAUCGGCCUGACAAGGGCGCCAUGCCUCAACCUGUGCGACUUCGUGCUCAAGCAACGGCAAAGAGGAAGGCGCCAGGAAUACACGAACACCUCUCGGAGAAUGAAAGCACCUCAUUGAUACCAGCAGCGUCGGUACCAGAAAGGACUUUGGUACCAGGUGAUGAGGCUGAAGAUCCAGAAGAGCCAAAGACCAAACUUCGCAUCAAGACAAGAGAAAAACGCGGUCUGAUGGUGGUCGCGAGGAAGGCCACCACGAAGACCAAAAAACGGCAACUGAGUUCACACGCAAAUGGGUCAAACCCGUCAACAUCAGAUGGACAGGUCAUAACGGAUGCCCUUCCUUCGGAACUUACUCCUACAACGAUCCCUGUUUUGCCCAUAGAAAGUUCACCGGGGAAUUCGGCCCAUGAUGGCUACACAGAAGCCGCUCCGAAGGUUGAUGUCAGGGCCGAUAGAGUGCAAGACUACAAACGACCCGACGAGAUGGCUGAGGAUUUGGUUCAGCCUGAAAUCUCCGACGAAGAACGUCGUCAAUCAUCCGGACACUCCUUGCAGCCAGCGCGGACGCUAAGGACGCGGAAAGCUCGGCGUAGCCCGGACCGGCAAGACGACGUGGAAGAGGUUCACGUCAAUCCAGGCCCGCGAUUAGCAUCUCUAGGUCGAAGGACUGUAAAGAGUAAGGAAAUUAUUGGCUCGUUCAACACAAGACCGCCUUGCAAAUACCUCGAAACUUCGGCCGCGACUGCAGCGCCUCGGAGAGAAGCCCCCGCUACGACUAAUAGUCAUUCCGAAGCCAAUUCCUCGGUUUCUAAAACGUCGGAUGGCAUUGGACAAGCAGAAGCCAUAAGGCUUACCAGAACGACUCGGUUAGAGAACCCAGCAACGAGGGGCCGGAAAGCGGCACAGAAGUCAGAUGCUAUGGGCGCUGUUCCAGAGCCAGUCUUGGCGGCCAACCUCGACGCAGCUCUCAAUAGGAACCUUGGCAGAGUUGGCAAUAAAUCAGAGGCAAGGACUAGCGCUGAAGUCGGCGUGGUGGCCGGUGAGCCCAAAAAGAAACUUCCUGGGUUUCAAAGGGCAAACGGAGGUCCCUGGAGCAAAGAGGCUCACGAUUUGUUAGGAUGCACAAGACCUGGGUGA